CUCAGUACGGUCCCUAGAAUCUCAGAACGUCUUCGGAUGUUGGCGUUCAUUCUCAAAGAUGGUCAAAAUAAUGUUAGCGAGCAGCGCUGGCGACCGUAGGCGUUCUAACGCACCUUGAAAGACACGACUCCUCGCUUCUGACUGACUGCAUUGCCAAGGUGUGAUGGCAGUGGGCCCACUAGUGUCUGAGGUGUGCUUCACAUUUGUGCUGGCAGCCGUGCUGUUACACCGGUAUGGCAACUUCAGCCAGCAUCCGCUGCUUGUCACAGUCAGUGUGUUCGUGGCCUGGUACUUCUCCUUCACCAUCAUCUUCAUUCUGCCCCUGGACGUGUCCACGACGGCCUACCGACAAUGCCUGUACGAUGUCCUCGACUCCAGCCCAGUGGCCAGCAACAGCACAGGGCCCAGCAACAGCAGCCCUCCUCUCCAGGCGGUCUGCGUGCGUCCCUGGAGUUUUGUCCCAGAAGGGGUCCUGCAGAGCCUUUGGCGUGUUGUCUACUGGACGUCCCAAGCCUUGACCUGGUUGAUCCUGCCGCUUAUGCAGUCCUACUCCACGGCUGGGGAGUUCACCGUUGCUGGCAAAUUGCGGCGUGCCCUGAUUGAGAAUGCCAUCUACUAUGGCAGCUACCUGCUCAUUUUUGGCGUGCUGCUCGUCUACCUGGCCCUGCAGCCAGGCAUGAACCUGGACGCGGCCAAGCUGAAGGUGGUGUGUGUCAGUGCGAGCAACACGUGGGGCCUCUUCCUGCUCGUGUUGCUGCUGGGCCACGGGUUGGUGGAGGUGCCGCGCAGCCUGUGGCACAGGGCACAGCCAGGACACGCCCUCUGCCACACCUACUUCCGGGCAGCAAAACUCAGCCUGGAAAGGGCCGAGGCACAGGAGCGCCUGGAUGACUUGCUACAGGAAAUCCAGCAAGUGUCAAGCAGCUUAAGCUCGGCCCAUCUGCAGCACCACAUGGAUGUCAUCCUGGCUAAGCUACCAGAGGGCAGCAAGGUUGGUGGCCGGCAGCGGAUCAACUCCGAGAUGGACGUCCUCUCGGGCUCGGCCGUCACGGAGCGUAGCCUCGUUCGAUUGCAUCAACAGGUGAUCCGAGCCCUGCAACACCACAACCGCACCAAUUGCCAGUGGCGUCUGCUGGUGGAGCAGGCACUGCACCUCGAGGAUGUGGCACGCAAUGCCGAGGCAGGGGAGCGUCGCUUGCGCUCCCCAACCCUGCUGGCUUCUUGGUGUGGACCCACUGUCGAGUGGUACUGGCUGUGCCGGGUGCGUGGUCACUGCCUGCGGGCCCUGUCUCUCCUGCUGGGCCUGUGGAGUGCGGCAGUGGUGUGGAGUGAGAUGACCUUCUUCAUCCGCUCUCCCAUGGUGUCCCUCUUCGGGCUGUUCCACCGGGCAGCCGAACGGCGGCACGACUACCUCGCCAUUGAGGUGAUGAGUAUUGUGACCCUGGGCUACCUGUGCGUAUGCGCCUACUACACGGUGUUCCGGGUGCGGGUGCUCAACUACUACUACUUGGCGCCUCACCACUUGACAGACGCGUACAGCCUGGUCUUUGCGGGUAUGCUGCUGUGCCGGCUCACACCACCACUGUGUCUCAACUUCCUCGGUCUGCUGCACCUGGACACCCACGUCUCUUCCGAGGCACACCGCAUCGAGACCGCCUACACCGAGAUCAUGGGUCACCUGGACCUCAUUCCGAUUGUGGCGCGGGGCUUCAACCUGUACUUCCCGACGCUCAUUUGCGUGCUUUGCCUGGCCACCUGGUGGCACCUGGGCAGCCGACUGCUCCACUGCCUCGGCUUUGAGCAGUUCCUCACCGACGAUGAGCUUACGGGCGACCUUGUCAACGAGGGAAGGGACCUCAUCAAGCGAGAGCGUGGACGACGCCAGAGGGCUGCAGACCAGCGACGGAGGCCUCCCAGGCAGCCACCGGCAGACGAGCUGGGUGCCCUGACCCGCUCUGGCUCGGAGGAGAGUGCACGCACCGAGUUGCUGCGAGGAGUGGAGCCACUGGCCGGCUACACAGCUCCACGGGCAGCCGAGCAUGCCUUCUCGUCACCACCCAGAGGCCUCUUCGAUGAUGUCUGAGGGCUCUUUUUCUUAUCAUUCCUCGAAAGAUAAGGUGUCACCUUUUCAAGCAGCUAGCAUGCAGAGUAGAUAGUAACGAGAUUUCCAUGCCUGAUGUCACUGAUGUUAGCAUUCAACAGAACACUUGUUUAGGAUAUCAGAUAGCUGAGCUAGUCGGUACGUAUUCGUGCUAAAAGACUGGCCAUGCAAACACAACAGAGAAGUCGGCGUCUGUAGUGUCCUUGUUUGUGUCCGUGUUUGUACGCAUAGUCUUUUAGCAAGAACACUUGGGUUCUGCAGCGUGACAGCAGAUCCAUGGUUUUGGAAGUAUGGCCAUUUUCUUUGCUUGCUCUAAGAAAUAACUUGGUUUGUAGUGAAGACAAAUGCGGAGGCCAGUUCCAAGCCCGAUAUAUUUGGUAGCGCAGUUUCACUGGCCCUGAGAUUGUGCAGCACAAGUGUCUAUCAUGGCUUCUUAUGCCAGCACUUGUUUGCGCUACUUUUCUUUAGUGGCACAGGCAUUGAAGAUGUUGCAGUAUGAAUGCACCCUCUCCAAAUUGGGGCGAUGCCAGGAAGCCCAACAAUGGUGUGCACCUUCUGUGGUACUGUGAAGCUGUUUUUCAGAGGCCUGUUUGCUGUGCUUUGUGUGCAACAGCAAAGCCCCAGCUGGGACUAGCUGCGCAUCUUCUCAACCGAACGAUAGUGGGCAUAAUAUUACACCAUACAGUGGAAGGUAUUUGUGACCAUGGGCAAUGUUUUGAAAAGCAUAUGUCAACAUUUGUUUUCACUACUGGUUUACCUACCAGGACAGUGGUUCAGACUGAGUUUUUCACAUCACCAUUUUAAUGAGAGGGCUCAUUUUUAGGCACCUGCAAAAGAGGACCCCUUGUGCAACACCAGCAUUUAAGGAAAAUCAAAUGAGUAGGGCAAAUAACACAACUAGUGUAAUGUGCAGUGGUGUCUGUGUAUGUGGCUUGUGUUAUCUCCACAACAGUGCUGUUGUGGCCCAAGCAGAAAGAACCUACUAUCCCCCAUAUUCUCAAACGAGCCUCGACUCGAAUUUUGUCCUUCACUUGACCGAGUUGAGCACAGUGCCGCUGCUCGACCGAAAAUGACGCCGCACUUCUCAAGAAUCGCUGCAGGUUAUCGCUGAUAUGCAGUGACUUGUUCUGCCUAGAGAGAGACGGGACGUCCUAGAAUAUGGGCUGUGUAUAGGAGGGGAUAUUGGUUGAUCUUCGUUGAGGGAAGACAUAAUUUGACAUCUGUGGACAUUCUGAUGUUUCACCCUUGUUCACCAGCCUCAUUCGCUACAAAUUAGUUUCAACAUGGCGGUUAGGAAACAUGCAAGGAAAAUGUUUGUGGUGUCCUGACUUCUUUCUUGUGUCCGUGUUUGCACGCCCUAUCUUUUUAGAAUGAAUACUUACCAACUAGCUCAGCUCUCUGUUAUUCUAAGGAAAAUGCAUGACCACAUUGUUGUGCACUGAACAUUCUGUUUUUGCCCCUUGCAAGUGGCUUUUUUCUUUACAUGUUGUUAAACUUUUGUCAAAUUUUUUCAUGAUGGUCGUGAAUGUGCUGUUGUAAAACUCCUACACACAGCUCCUUUGAAUGCUUGUGUAAUGAUUAGUGAGGCCACACUGUGGAGCAAUACUGUAUUUACUUGAAUAUAAUGUGCUCUCAAAUCUAACGCACACCCAGUUUUUCCGGGUUCAGAAUAAAAAUACACCUGAAUGUAUUUUUACGAGAUUUAAAAUUAAAAAAAAUUACAUGCGACUAGGUUGAAAAUUAGAAGGAAGAAUGAGACAAGCCCAAUGCACCUUCAUAGAAUGGGAAAUUUGUGGUACAUUUGGGUAGUUGGUUCAGAGCCCUCUGGAGGCUCUCCAAAAUUUAUGUAAAAUAGCAACUAGGUAUUGUUGCUAAAAUAAGUGGGCCAAUACGUAAUAAGGAAGGAGGAACAUGACUUGCAUACUUGCCUGUUUUCUAGUAGCACACGUUCGGGGUCUAGGUGCUGCAUCCUCUCAGAAAGGGAGGAACACAGCACAUAGACAGAGACUUUGUUAAAAGGCUAGGUCACUGACCAAUGUCGAAACAAAAUAAAAUGACGUACGGAUCCCUUGUACACAAUGGAAUGACGGCUAGGCAGCAGGUUCUUAAGUAGCAUUGAGUUGUUUCUUAAGUAGUGUUCAAUGCCUCAAGCGUUGAGCGUCCGCUUCCAGUGCGGGAGGUACCAGGUUCGAUUCCCAGUGCCGACCGAAAACCCACUGGUUUUUGCUAAAGGUAGAGCAGUACACCGACCUGGCACUCGGUUGUUUCUGGGUACUCAUCUCGAAAGGUGGCCUUAUAAGGUUCUGUAAAGGCCCCUAAGCGCACCUUAACUCACCACAGCCUUGGCGAAAUAGUGAGAGGCAGAGAAUUGCUGUCUCCGCGUACCUACCGGUAAAAUACUAGGGACAAGCGCACUUCUGGCCUGGUGCUCGGCAGAACGAAGUUCGUAGUUGCUUGGGAAGGCACCCACCCUGUGGGAAUGGCGGCAUGAGACCGCCAGACCUAAAAAUAAUGUCAACCUCUUUUUUUUGCUGGUCCCUUCUGGAUGCGCCUCAAUUGCAUGCCAAUACAAGGUCCAUUACCUUGACAAGCUGAGUCUGCACAAAGCUGCUGUUCGAGGUCUGGAUAUUUUUCCAUUGGGCUACAUUUAGCUGAUCUCGUGAGUGGCCUUCAUCUCCUUCCUUUGUUUCACAGUCACAGGUUCUCGGGCGGGCAGAAAAGAUCAGAUGCACACAUUUUCAGCGGAAAAAUGUACUUUCCUUGCACAUGAGCUUUCAUAAGGAAAGCGGCACGUCGCCAUUUUCACAUCGUGGGGAACAGCUACGACACAAGCAGGUGGUGCAGUUGCGAAAGGUCGAUUCCACGAAAGAUCGAAAAACGGUGUAUAUUUGAUGUUUCCGAUUUUCCUGAUAAUUUUGUAUGUUGUGCACAUAUGACUGCACAGCACGAAA